CAGAAAAGAAGUUUCGCGAGAAAAGAACGUAAAGUAAUGCUUCUAGUUUCUUCUUUUUCUUCCAUUAAUAUUAGUAUUUACUUAUUCUUUUCUGUACCUCCUUGCGAAACUUCUAGAACCAUUACUACAGAAAACAAGAAUUCGUUCUCUCGUGCUAGACUCUUCUCCAUGGCUCCAUCGGCGGAACACAAUGGAGACUCCUCAACCGGCGAGUCUCAAAGAUCAACUCCGACACCGUUUAUCACCAAGACGUACCAGAUCGUUGAUGAUCGCACCAUCGACGACGUCGUUUCAUGGAACGAUACCGGAACAUCCUUCGUCGUUUGGAAUCCUACCGUUUUCGCGAGGGAUUUGCUUCCUAAAUAUUUCAAGCACAAUAACUUCUCCAGCUUCGUACGCCAACUGAAUACUUAUGGAUUUAAAAAAGUUGUGGCUGAUCGCUGGGAAUUCUCUAACGAAUGCUUUCGAAGAGGCGAGAAACGCCUUUUAUGUGAUAUUCAGCGACGGAAAAUCGUUUCAAAAUCGCCGCCGGCAGUUAUCAAUGGCGGUGCAACUGCAACAGUGGUGUCGUCUCCGUUGCAAUCGGUUUUGACUGCAAAUCCGAUCGUAUCGCCGUCAAUUUCGGGAGAGGAGCAGGUGGUGUCUUCGGAUUCGUCGCCAUUAGAGCAGGCGGCCCUAUUAGAAGAGAACCAGAGGCUUAGAAAGGAGAACAUGCAAUUAACGACGGAAAUAGAUGAAAUGAAAUCCCUCUUCAAUAAUAUAUUCAAUCUUAUGUCUAAUUAUGCGAAAUUUCAAGCGGAAAGUGGUGCACAUGGAAAAGAGGCAACGAAGACGCUUAAUUUGUUGCCGGAGAAGCGGUACGAUGGAGAAGAUACGGCGGCGAUGGUGGUGGAUGAUAAUUACCCGCAGCUGUUUGGGGUGGCGAUAGGUAGGAAGCGAGCAAGAGAAGAAGGGAAGUGUGUUGAGUAGUUUAAUGAAAUGUUAAGCCUGAAUCAAUUGGUUCACGUGGACGAGAAAUCAGAGUCGUUAGAUUUACAGAUAAGGCAUAAAGAGAAAAACAAUGUGGCUAAAUCAGCCGUUCAGAGAGAAUCAGAGUGUGUGAAAUUGACUUAUUAUGGUGUUGUACGUGAUAGGAAGCAUGAUAGGCUACGUUAGAUGCGGCGUAGACAAUCUGAGCUCACAAACACGGAGACGCAAGUUUCUGAUGUCUAGUAUGCGUUGUAAUCGUUUGGACAGUUACAGUUUUGCAAUUAAAAAAUAUAUUUUUUGUUUGUUUUA